AGAAUUGUCUCUUGUAUUAUUAUUUAUUUGAAUAUAUAAUUAAAGUUUAAAAAUGUUCGUACGCCGGGCGAAGAAAGAACGGGGGGGGAGAAGCGUGAACUUAUCCAUUAAAACCAUUAUAAAAAUGGUGGGCCAAAACUCUAAAUAAUUUCACAAUUUGAUUCCUUCAGAGCAGUUGAAUUUCAAUUCAAUUCAAUCACAAAACAAGAAGAAGAAGAAGAAGAAGAAGAUCUGAAACUCCUCCAAAUCAUCGAUCAAUUUUUUUCAAUGGCGUCACGGAGAGGCGGCUUAGGAUUCGGAUUCGGUUUUCACUCCAAACCUAACUACAUCUAUCCGGCGUCGGAGUCACUUCGCUAUUCUGAAUCUUCUACCGAAAACGGCCUCUUUGAAUUCGACGAAUCGGAUAUUUGGACCUCCGCUACUACUACUACUCCAACUCCCCCGAUGGAAUCGAGAAAGAUCUUUCCGAUCUCGAAGAAACUCCCGAAGAGGAGUGGGUCUGCUGCCACGGCGGUGGAGAAGGCGGUGAAGGCGUCUUCGUCAUUGCCAGUCAACAUUCCGGAUUGGUCGAAGAUUCUGCAGAAGGAUCAGAACAAGCACGGGCGGAGAGCGGUGGCGGAGGAGGAUUUUGAUGAUAGUGACGACGAGGAUGACGACAUUCGACGGGCACCGCCGCAUGAGUAUUUGGCGAGACGGCGAGGUGAUUCGUUUUCGGUUCAUGAAGGGAUCGGAAGAACGCUGAAGGGAAGAGAUUUGAGAAUGGUGAGAAAUGCAAUUUGGAAAAAAACUGGGUUCGAAGAUUAAUUUUAGAUUAAUUUUUAGCUAAGCCUCAUAUAAUCAGUACCGGAAAUUAUACUUAGAAUAAUGAUUAGAGAAUUUUGAUGAAGUAAAUUAAUGUAAUUUUCCAUAAAUUUUCUCC